AUGGAUGCAGGCGAUUUGAGACAAAACCUUAUUCGGAAAAAGAAAAAUCGGACCAACGACAAAGGUAACAACGACCUACAAAUAAAUAGUGUGGACGAUAAUAACGGAGAAUACAUAAACAAAGAUAUUUUAACAAAAAGUAGAAGGCAUGGAAACAAAAAUGACAUCACCAACAACAGCAACAUCAACAAAAAUAUCAACUCAGCUUCCAAUGUAUUUUCCCUAAAAGCACCAAAGGCAGCCCCACGUUUUAAACUUCCAUUAAGAAAAAUCAUAAGUGAUUCUGAACAUGAGAUAGAUUACAACAACUACAACAACGACAACAACAACAACGACGACAACAACGACGACGACAUCACCAACAACGACGUAAUCAACAGCAGCAUCAGCGUCGAGUAUUUUAACAACAACAAUUACUACAGCUGUAAUGAUGAUAGCAAGCAUCAUGAUGAUGAUCAUGAUGAUGACGACGACGACGACGAUGAUGAUGAUGGCGGUAAAUUUUGUGCUGGUAACAACGAUAAUGAUGGUAAGGUUUUGGUUGGUAGUGAUAAUGAUAAUGAUGAUGUUGAUGAUGACGUCAAAUGCGUUUGCGACUGUUUCAAAGGCGGUCAAAUAAACUGGAAAAAUGCUGGUGAUGAUGAUGAUGAUGACCCAACAGCAAAUAAUAAUAAUAAUCAGCAACCAAGUGAUCACGACACGAAUGGCAACAACAACAACAACAACAACAAUGAAAUCAAACAACCUUCUGAUAACGAUGACGACAUGGAUGGUGACGACGACGACGACGAUGAUAAUGGUGAUGAUCCUUAUCGAAAUUCCACUAAAACGUCAGUUAACAUUAGCUCAGAUGAUAAUGAACCUGGCAAGCAGGUAAGCACGACUGCAUGUGAUUCAACUGCUGCUAAUGAAAUUAACGCUGUAGUUAAAGGUAAUAAUGAAGUCUAUUCUAUUAUAAGUUAUUUAUUUGAGCAAGCAUCCAUCACAACUGCAGCUACCACUUCUACUACUACUACCACUGCUACUACUACUGCUGCUGCUGAUGCUGCUGCUACUACUCCUACUACCACUACUACUACAGCGACAACAGAAGCAACAACAGUGACGUCAUCAACGGAUAAAAACGAAAAGGCGACAACAAAUAAACUCGUGACAGCAGCAAAACCAGCCGCAACAACGAAACCUACUCCACCAACGAAAAUAAAAACACCACCAACACCAUCGGCGAAACCACGAUUACCAUCUACUAAACUCAACAACAAAAACGGCAACAACAAAAACGGCAACAACAACAACCGCAACAACAACAACAACGGCAACAACAACCGCAACAACAAAGAAAAUGUUUCAUUUAGAAUCAACGACACUGACCACAAUAGAAGCGGCGUCACACGCGACAAAGUCUCUACCAGUAGCUCCACCACUACCAAAGAAACCAACAACACCGCAAACAACGACAAAGUUACUAGCAGAACUAACAUUAAGAAUGCAGUCAUCAUCAACAUCAACAACAACAACAACAACGGUACAAACGCAAAAGACAUUACCAAAGAUCAUAAAACAACUUCCCGCUACUAUUCCAUUACUGUCUUCUUUCCAACAAACAAUAACAAUUGCAUCAGCAGCAGCAGCUGCUGCAACAACAACUACUACAUCAGCAAUGACGUCAUCAUCUACAACAACAACAGCAUUAAUUCUUCCGGCAUUACCGCCAUCAUAUUUAAAACCAUCAACAACAACAACAACAAUAACAUCUGCGACUUUAACCAGAAAAGAUUUGAAACAACCACAAAAAAUUGCACUAAUUACAACAAAUACAAAUGA